GCGCGCUCAGCAGGAAGACCGUUUUUCCCCCGGCCGGGAGGCCUUCGUAGUGGGACGCGCGUCUCGGCGGCGGUUUGCCACGUCUGUGAGCGGCGGCUGAGAGCGAGAGUGCGGCUGGUGCAGCUGGAGACCCCCUUCCGCCCCGGCCGUCACCAUGGUGUCUGUAAUUAAUACAGUGGACACUUCUCAUGAAGACAUGAUCCAUGAUGCUCAGAUGGAUUAUUAUGGCAUGCGGUUGGCAACUUGUUCCUCAGACAGAUCAGUGAAAAUAUUUGAUGUAAGGAAUGGAGGGCAAAUUCUCAUAGCUGACUUAAGAGGACACGAAGGCCCUGUGUGGCAGGUUGCUUGGGCUCAUCCCAUGUAUGGAAACAUCCUUGCUUCCUGUUCCUAUGACAGGAAGGUUAUUAUCUGGAAGGAGGAGAACGGUACCUGGGAAAAGGCGCAUGAAUACACAGGGCACGAUUCUUCAGUGAAUUCCGUAUGUUGGGCACCACAAGACUUUGGAUUGAUCCUGGCUUGCGGCAGCUCUGAUGGGGCCAUCUCUCUGCUAAGCUGCAGUGGUGAUGGAACAUGGGAAGUGAAAAAAAUCAGCAACGCACAUACAAUUGGCUGCAAUGCUGUUAGCUGGGCCCCUGCAGUUGUACCAGGAAGCCUUAUAGAACCACCAUCAAGCCAAAAACCAAACUACAUUAAGCGUUUUGCAUCAGGUGGCUGCGAUAACCUUAUCAAGAUUUGGAAAGAAGAAGAUGGCCAGUGGAAAGAAGAACAAAAACUUGAAGCUCACAGUGACUGGGUCAGAGAUGUAGCCUGGGCCCCCUCCAUAGGCUUGCCAACAAGUACUAUUGCCAGCUGCUCACAGGAUGGCAGAGUGUUUAUCUGGAUGUGUGACGAUCCCUCUGGAAAUUCAUGGUCACCAAAAUUGCUACACAAGUUCAAUGAUGUAGUCUGGCAUGUUAGCUGGUCCAUUACUGCAAAUAUUCUUGCAGUGUCUGGAGGAGAUAAUAAAGUAACUUUAUGGAAAGAAUCUGUAGAUGGACAGUGGGCAUGCAUCAGUGAUGUUAAUAAAGGCCAGGGAGCAGUAUCUGCUAUUACAGAAGGGCAACAGAAUGAACAGUGACAAAUGGGUUAACAUCAAUCCCAAAUUAUCAAUGCAAGGAAAUAGACAUGAUUUUUACUACUUUUCUUAUUAAACCAAAUUUAUUUGAUCUGGCACAAGCAAAGCUAACUGGUUUCAAGAAAGCUAUACAUACCAUAGUAUUUUGCCUUAAUUGACACUUGGUAUAAUUCAAGGCAAACUGUACAUCAAAGGGUAUUGCUUGCUUGCAGUGAGAUUUUUCCCCCCCUUUUAAGCAUCACUUCAUUUUCUUCAUUAAUUUCCUGGGAAACCUUUGAUAAGCCUUCCAUUAACUCCUCUCCAUUAGGAGGAGAGGAAAAGUUUCUAUCGAUCAAUAUUUCUCCUUCAGAAUGACUUGUUUUACUUACUACAGUCUUCUUGUCAUUUAAAGCCUGGUAAUGUUUGCUCUUUCGACAAAAAGAAAGAAACUCUGCAUCAGAUACCUAAUACAGAAUUUGAACUUAAGUAAGAGAGAUGGAGACUGCCAUUUAAACAAAGAGAAGGAUUACCAGAAAUUCAAAGUUGCUUUUGUUCUACAGUUUACCCUUCUAUUGUUUGCAAGUACUUGUGAAAUUGACCUCCAAAAUAUUAUUAAACUAAUAAACUCUAAGCCACUUUGUGUACCUCUUUUUGUUUAAAAGAAAAACUAAAUAAAGUCUGAUCAAAACAAUC